AUGUACGGGUAUCACGCUACCGUCUGUGUGGUCAUUUUGGCAGUGUUGACCACUGAUCAAGUGAAGGGAACUCGAUAUGAUGGGCAUCAACUUCUUCGAGUUCAUCCCACAACUUCCCGUCAGGUGGAGUUUCUCAGAACACUCCAUGACAACGGAAACCUACAGCUUGAUUUUUGGACAUUUCCUGUUCUUGACCAUGAUGUAGACAUCCGGGUCCCUCCGAGGUCAAGGUCGUACGUGAAACAACUCAUUAAAAACGCGGGACUUUCAGCAAGUGUUGCCAUUGACGAUAUCCAAUCAUCGAUAGAUAAAGAAUUUGAGGACAUGGCCAACGCACGGAUGUCUAGGACUGGUCACGCAACCUACAAUUUUCUGUGUGAUGCUUUCGGUAUCAACUGUCCUGAAGACGAAACCGGAGGUGGUCCUACAACGCCAUCUGGUGAAAUUGUCGGCAUAUUUGCACGACAUAUUGAGAUUGACAACUGGUUGACCGCCAUGGCGUCCGAGUUUGGACAGCUGGCCACGGUGGAAUCCAUCGGCACCUCGUACGAAGGUCGUAAAAUGAACAUCAUCAAGAUCGGCAAAACCUCCCCGAACGUCAAGCCCGUGAUCUGGGUUGAAGCUGGAAUCCAUGCGCGUGAAUGGAUAUCUCCGGCUGUGGCUGUUUGGACCAUUGAUAAGAUGUUACGAAACUACGGUACAGAUGAUGACGUCACAUUCAUGCUGGAUACAUUUGAUUGGUAUUUCCUGCCGUCUGCCAACCCGGAUGGAUACGAAUACACAUUUACAGACGAUCGACUUUGGAGGAAGACAAGGAGUCCACAGGAUCAAGGCUGUAUGGGUGUAGACCCGAACAGAAACUUUGACAUAGAGUUUGGAGGAGCCGGAACAAGUAGCAACCCAUGUUCAAACACAUAUCCUGGUAAAUACGCGUUCUCGGAACCAGAAACUGCCAAUAUCCAGACGUCUAUUAUGAACGUACGUGACCGGGUUGUUGUUUUCCUGUCAUUUCAUGCCUAUUCUCAGCUGAUGUUAACUCCCUAUGGUUAUACGUCCAAUAAACCAUCUGACUACCAAGAAAUGUUACGCGUUGCGGAUGCCAGCAUGGCUGCCUUGAAGGCGGUUCACGGGAAAACCUUUCAAGUCGGCACACCACCAGAAAUCCUGUACGCGGUGUCUGGAGGCACCUAUGACUGGGCCAAGGCGAAAGCUGGGGUGAAAUACUCGUACACGUACGAGCUUCGCCCCGCGACGGCAUCGUCGGCGCAGUCUGGAUUUAUCAUAGGAGAAGAGCAGAUUGUUCCCAGUGGGGAGGAGGUGUGGGCUUCCCUAGUUACCAUCGCUAGGGAGGUCCAACUCUAA